GUUCUCUUCCCUCUGUUGGCUUGAUUCCUGUGAGGACAGGGCAGCAGCUAGAGAUAAACCUCAGAGCUCUUUAUACACAGCACAGUCUCUUCUGUGGUAGUCACACAGUGCAGCACACUUGGACUUCCAAGUAGCAAACGCCGGUCUGUACAGGUCUGUGUGCAUUUGCUGUUCCUGGUGCAGACGGAAGCUCUUCACUGGACUCAAGGCUUCUGCCAGAAACCUCUUUCUCAAAGGAGCUGUGUCCUGUGUGCCCACAACCAUGGGUCAGUCUUCUUCUAAACCCGAUGCAAAGGCUCACAAUAUGGCCUCCAGCCUUACUGAAUUCUUCAAGAAUUUCAAGAUGGAAAGCAAAAUCAUUUCUAAGGAGACCAUCGAUUCAAUUCAGUCAUGUAUCCAAGAAGGAGACAUCCAGAAGGUGAUUUCUAUAAUCAAUGCUGCCUUGACAGACAUUGAGAAAGCCCCCCUGAACAUCGCUGUGACAGGGGAGACAGGGGCAGGGAAGUCCACGUUCAUUAAUGCCCUUCGGGGAAUAGGACAUGAGGAAAGUGAGUCAGCUGAGAGUGGAGCGGUGGAGACAACCAAGGACAGGAAGAAAUACACCCACCCUAAGUUCCCUAAUGUGACCAUCUGGGAUCUCCCUGGGGUUGGGACAACUAACUUCAAACCAGAAGAAUAUCUGAAGAAAAUGAAGUUCCAGGAGUAUGAUUUUUUCCUGAUCAUCUCAUCUGCUCGCUUUAGAGAUAAUGAAGCCCAGCUGGCUGAAGCAAUCAAAAAAAUGAAAAAGAAGUUCUACUUUGUUCGGACCAAAAUUGACAGUGAUUUGUGGAAUGAGAAGAAAGCUAAACCCAGUUCCUACAAUAGGGAGAAAAUCCUGGAGGUGAUCCGAAGUGACUGUGUAAAGAAUCUGCAGAAUGCUAACGCAGCCUCUACUCGUGUCUUCUUAGUCUCAAGCUUUGAGGUAGCACAGUUUGAUUUUCCUAGCCUGGAGUCCACCCUUUUGGAAGAGCUGCCAGCACACAAGCGCCACAUCUUCGUGCAGUGCCUCCCUACCAUUACUGAGCCUGCUAUUGAUCGCAGGAGAGAUGUCCUGAAACAGACAAUCUGGCUGGAGGCUCUGAAGGCUGGAGCGUCGGCCACCAUCCCCAUGAUGUCAUUCUUCAAUGACGACAUUGAGGAAUUUGAGAAGAUCCUGAGCCACUACAGGGCUUGCUUUGGGCUAGAUGAUGAGUCGCUGGAAAACAUGGCCAAGGAGUGGUCCAUGUCUGUGGAGGAGCUGGAGUCCACCAUUAAGUCACCCCAUUUGCUGUCAAGUGAGCCGAAUGAAUCUGUGGCGGACAAGCUGGUGAAAACCAUGGAGAAAAUUUUUGCCGUCACUGGCGGAUUCGUAGCCACUGGCCUUUACUUUAGAAAGAGUUACUAUAUGCAAAAUUAUUUUCUUGACACAGUGACAGAGGAUGCUAAAGUUCUACUUAAGAAAAAAGUCUUUUUGCAGGACAGUGUGGACUCUGAGUAAGGUUCUAAAGAUGGAGAGAGUGAGGCAGUUGGCCUGGGACUUAGGUGACUUUAGUGUCUUCAGGACGCUGGAGAGACGACUGAGGGCAUUCCUGAAGCACCCUGGUCAGGCUGUGAUAUCUCAUAGGCUUUGUGACCCUUGGGGGAAAUAGAGGGAUCAGCAUUAUGUCCCUCCUAACACGAGUCUUGUACAAUGUGCUAGUGUGAACUCUCUGGGCAAGGAGUUUUCAGAAAUGACUGUUUUUAGACAGGGUCUUACUAUGGCUCUCUUGGAUCUCCUUCUCUACAGAAGUAGACCAGGCUGGCCUUGAACUCACACAGAAAUCCUCCUGCCUCUGCCUCUGCCUCUUGAGUGCUGGGAUUAAAGGUAUACACUACCAUACUUGGAAGAUUUUUUUUUUUUUGAAAAAUAUAUAUAUCCACCACACGACUUGAUUUUGUGCUGCUUUGCUGAGAACACUCCCAGGCUGAUGAUAUCAUUUACAGUUUUCAUAUAUAUGGUUUGUAUAUGGUUCGUAUAACAGAGUGUAACAGAAAACAGUGGGGACCCAUCGCCUGAGUCACAGUAUUUGCUGCAGCCCUUCUGCAGAGGUGCCAUUACCCAAGACAGGGAUGCAGUCUGAGGUUUGCACACUGGAGAGUCCUCACACGUUAACAGACAAUGCUUCGUGCAUGGAUCAUGACGGUAGGAAAUUAGAGGAAAGAAACUAGUGGUUGACAAGGAAGUCCUCACCCAAAAUACAGAAUUUCCUUAAUCAUGCGCAAAGAUACUCAGUCUUCCAUCCAGAGGCUGAAAUGUAAAUUAGCAGCCAUGCCACUUUCAGGAAGUCGAAUUUGCAUGUGAGAUUGUAGAUAAGCAGUUUCUGUGAUGCAGUGUUGGUGUCAACACAAAAUCAUGACACAGCCCGUGGUGUGACCUCUGAGAAAAUUAUACAUGCAGUUACUCUUUGACACUCUUUAAAUAUUGCCAGACAGCGCAAACAGGUAUAUUAGGUUUUGGGUUAUCAGCUGUGGGACUUUUUAAGAUUGAUUGUGUCUAGGGACUGGAAAGAUGGCUCAGAGAUUUAAGAGCACAUACUAUCCUCAUAUAGGACAAGAGUUUGGUUCUCAGCGCCCAUGCCAGACAACUCACAAUUUCUUAUAACUCCAGCUCUGGGGGUGGGGGUGGAGGUAGAGGUGGCGUGGGG